AUGAUUGAAGACUUUGAAGCUGGCCUUCAAAUAGACAAGACAACUUAUGGAACGCCUACAGCUCAAGGGGAGUACACAAAAUUAAAAGAAGCUGGCCUUCUGAGAGACGAGAAAACUUAUGGAACGCCUACAUCUCAAGGGGAGUACACAAAAUUAAAAGAAGCUGGCCCUCUGAGAGACGAGACAACUUAUGGAACGCCCUCAUCUCAAGGGAAGUACACAAAAUUAAAAGAGCCUAGCUUUCGGAGAGACGAGAAAGCUUAUGGGAGGUCUACAUCUCAAGGGGAAUACACAAAGUCAAAAGAGGCUAGCUUUCUGAAAGACAAGAAAGGUUAUGGGUGGCCUACAUCUCAAGGGGAAUACACAGAAAUAAAAGAACUCCCCAAACUGCACGACAAGUCUGACGUGUUGUUUACCCCAGCACAAGACGUUCUGAAUUUUAUCGCCCACAAAUAUUUGGAAAUGAUGGAUCCUUCUAAACCAGAAGAACCUCAAGGAUUUCUGAAAUAUUUGACGGAUGUGCGUAAAGUUUUAUUAGAAGACGUUCAGAUUGAGGGUUUGAUAAUCGUUGUGUUCUGCAGAUCAUUAGAAAUACUUGAUGCUCUGUGGGAUGACUAUUGCACUGGCCACUUAAAUGAAAUGGCACAAAAAUAUAUAGUCACAAAAGAAAAUCUCGAGGAAUUUGGUCUACAUGAGUUGACACUUCAGACAAGUAUUUCGGAAGAGGAAUACAGAGCUUGUAGGGAACAUUUCUUGUCUGAUCCUGAUUANUCAAAGGCCAAGACAGACAGCAAGCUUGAAGGUCAGCAACAGCAGGAGGGGAUGGAAAUUGGGUCAAUGGCUUCGUCACAAAGCAUAAUGCAAUUUACCUCAAACGAAUCUGGGCCUGAGUCUGGAUCAGACAACAUGGAGUGUAAAUCAAAGGCCAAGACAGACAGCAAGCUUGAAGGUCAGCAACAGCAGGAGGGGAUGGAAAUUGGGUCAAUGGCUUUGUCACAAAGCAUAAUGCAAUUUACUUCAAACGAAUCUGGGCCUGAGUCUGGAUCAGACCCCAUGGAGUGUGAAUCACAGGCCAAGACAGGCAGCAGGCUUGAGGAUCCGCAAGAGCAGGAGAUGGAAACUGAGCCAAAUGCUUUGUUACAAAGCAUAAUACAAUCUACUUCAAACGGGUCUGAGAAGUAA